GGAAGAGGAGGAGUUAGGGGGAACAGGCUGAGACUAGAGAAAGAACCAAUACUGGCCUCCAGCCGGAGGAGUGGCAGGACUCCAGGCCAAUAGCGCCGGCCCAGAGGCGGGAUCGCUGCUGGGGCACCAGCUGGUGGUGUGGGGAAACCGGACACCGGAUUUCAGUGAUGGACGGGCGAAGAGGAGGCGGUUACUCGGGGAGAGGCAGAUAUCCGGGAGGGGACGGAUAUGGGGCAUAUGACUACACAUACGACUAUGGGUCAAACCCAACUAGCUCGUACAGUUCUGCUUCCGAAUCAUGGAUGACGUCCUUCCCACAGAGUGAUGGAGCAACACUCAUGGGAUCUGCCAGAGAAAGUCUCUAUGACCGGACAGAUCGGACCAGAUAUGGCUACUCCGAACCACAGCGAGGAUAUGGCAACUGGAGGAAGCAGUGUCCGCCUCGCCCUGCACAGCAGGGGUGGGGUGGUGGCUCAAGGGGGGGAUUCAGGAGUAACUUUGGAUCCCCGGAUGCAGCUAGGGGAGCAGGACGUCCCGUGCCACUCCUCAGCCCAGGAGCUUUACCAGAGGUGGCUGGUUUUCAGGGUCUGAAGGCAUUCACUGGCAAUUCCUACUUUGGAGGAGGCUUCAAGCCGAGGACCAGGAACAACUGGAAAGAGAGAACAGCCAAGAAAAAAAUAGUAAAAGAUGGAGGAGCCCCACCAGAAAAGAAGAUAAGAACAACCUCAGAGGACAACGGGGCAAAGUCUGGAUCGUCUGACUCGGAAAAAGAUGAAGACGCUGAGGGAGCCGGAAAGACUAAGGGAGACGACAAAGAGGAAGAGCAAGAAGAAGCCACCAAAGAUGGAAAAGAACGGAAACAAACCCCUGUCAAAAAUCUCCAAGAAACACAAAGCAAACGUCUGCGUGAUAGAAUGGUGGAUAGAAUCCAGUUUGUCUGUUCUCUGUGCAAGUUCCGAACAUUUUACGAUGAGGAGAUGGCCAGUCACCUACAGAGUGCUUUCCAUAAGGAGCAUUUCGACUAUGUGGGAGGGAAACUUCCCAAACAGUCAGCUGACUUCUUGCAGGAGUACGUGUUAGAUAAGAGUAAUAAAACUGAGGAACGCCGUAAGACCAUUGAAGACCUCAGCAAAACAAUCCAGCAAAUUUACCGGGAUCUGGACCUCACCCAGGACCUAGGAAUGGAGCAUUUUGUGAAGAAAGUCGAAGCAGCUCAUUGUGCCGCUUGUGAUGUAUUCAUCCCCAUGAACUCUACUACCUUACAGCGACAUCUCAAUUCCCCCCUACACAACCAGAACCGCAGGAGCAUGAUGGAAAACUCUAAGAAGACUGCACUGGCUGUAGCAAGAAGUAUUUUGAAUAACAAAGUGAUCAACCAGAAACUGGAAAGCUAUAUAAAGGGCCAGAAUCCAUUCACAGAUGAAUAUAAGAAGAACACAAAAAGUGGCAUUAGCACAAAGCUAGCCCUAGAGGUCCAGGAAACUGAGAGAGAGGAUUUACCACCAUCCAGUGCUCUCUCCGAUUCCGAGAAAGAUGAUAACUCCCUGCAGGUUGUAGCAUCUGAGGAGGCUUGUGAUGGGAAAGAAAAAGAAGAGGACAUAGUAAUGCAGUGUGAGAAUUCUGAGGAGACCUCUGAUAGACAAGAGGAGGAGCAGGUGAAUGCUGAUGAUCCCACCACUGAGGAGACCUCUGAUAGACAAGAGGAGGAGCAGCUGAAUACCGACGAUCCCACCAAUGGGCAAGAAAGAUCAGAGGUUCCAUCUGAUGCUCCAUAAAACCUCAAACAUGGUAGGAGUUCAUUCCUCCACUGAAGACCGCCAGAGCAGAGUUACCCCUGAACAAAAUAUGGUACAUCAGGGUCAUGGUAGCCCAACAUUCACCAUAGGGCAUAUUCUGCUACAUCCAGUAUAUAACACUUUGUUGGCAGCAGAUAAUAUACAUCCAUAAACAGUGUUCUUCUCAUUCUGAAUAAAAAACAACAUGGUUAGUUUUUAAAAAACACAAUUUGAAUGUGUUGUCUCAUUCCAGUGUCAACAUCCUAUCUCAAUAAAAUAAAGUAAAUAUU